CACCUGUACGCCUGGGACGCAGGAGCCCGGAUCUACAAGGCGACGCCGAAACCAAACCGUGAGGCGGUGUGGUCUGAAGCCCCAGCUGAAGCCAAGAAUACGUCCGGCGAGUACAGCUACCGCUACAGACCCGUAGAUAAUGCUGGAGGUUUUGAUUCGCAAGAGCUGGAUGCGGAAGGUCAGAAUCACCGUGCGGCCUACGGCGCUGCGCUACAACAGCACAUAACGGGGGUGCCCUGGGCCCUUGAAAACGGUUAUUUCGCCCGCGGCUCCCGAAGAAGGCAACAACACACGACCAGAGAUGUCAACAACCAGCUCGAGAGUACGAGUAGGGAGGAGUACGAGGACGAAUGGCAAAUUCCGCGACGGCCGGUGCCGGGUACCGGACCUCGGUACCCGGCGCCAUUUCGACCUCAGGUGGUUAUUACAGGGAAAAAUGCACCCACCCCAAAAGUUGCAAUACUUGAGAGUGCGAAGUUUCCAAAUGAAAACUUUGUGUCAUGCAUGAAAGGACUAUGAAUCUUUCUGAUGCAGAGUCUGGUCGUAUACAGCAUCGCCUGCAUGACAAUCGCCGCGCUUGCUGGGGUAUUCUGCAAUAACAAAUUUUUGCUAUUCACGACUGCAAAUCUGAUAUAUGCAAGAGGGCGAGUGUUUCCAUUGAAAAUGAAAAGGUUUGUAAUUACAAAUGCUCCCAAGUUCUGUCUGGGGUGAGGGCAUUUUUCCUGACAAUAGUGGUGGUGCAGAGUUUAGGGGAGGGCACAGUUUCCACCUCUCCCGUCUUCCGCCACUUCCUGCUGAACUCGUAC